AGGAAUCCCCGUCAGGGCCAGGAGACGUUCACUCUCGUGGGAGGCUUUGUUUUCUUUUAAAAACAGAGGGGUGCCUGAAAAGGCGGAGGCAGGAGCCGUUCAGAUGCACAGUGCCUCUGAGCAUGGGCAGAGUGCUUUUGAGGUCAAGAGCGGCAUGAUUUGCAGAGACCCAGGGCUGCUUUUUGAACCGGCUAACGUCUGGCUGCCGCCUGGCGUUGGCACUGGCCUGACAGCUCCCUCCUGACCCGUCUGGGCGGCCCUCCCGGAGCGCAGCAGGUGCCCGCCAGCAGCCCCCGCCCCACCCCCCGGUGGAAUUCCUCCCCUGGGCUCCCCCCUCCCACCCUGGCGGCCCCGAGAUGAGGAAGAAGGAGCCGGUGCGAGCGGACACCCCCCUGAGAAGAUCCGCCCGCGGCCGCCUGCAGCAGGGGAAAGCCGAGGAGCAGCCACAGGCCCCAAAGGAGCCCCCCCGCCCAAGAGGGAGCAGCAUGGCGGACAAGGAGGAGGAGGCCCUCCAGCCCCGAGAGAGCAUCCGCGCCCACAGGAAGCCGGCUCCUUCCGCCCGAGAGCCCUCGCCCGGCAGCCCUCCCCGCGGGGCUGAGCUGGGGCCAGAGCCCGAGAGGCAGGAAGGAGGCAGCCCCCGGCCGCCCUUUGUCAGGCUGAAGAGACUGGACGGCCCCCCACAGCAGGAAGCAGCUCCCGACCCACAGCUGCAGAAGCCGACCCUGGAGUGGGGCGUGGUGACAGACAGGCGGGCCCGGCUGCAGGUGCCGGAGGGGGCCCGCCUGUGGAGGAGCGCCCAGCCCGAAGAGACGGCCAGCCACCCCCCGCCAGGGGCGAGCCAGGAGCCCCAGCAGCAGCCGCCGGCCCGGGCAGUGGGGCUCACCCCCAGGCCCAAAGCGCCCCUGGCCCGGAAGGAGGAGGCUGCCCCCACCAGGCCACCCGGGCCGGGGAGACAGCGCCUCCUCCCUCCACUGAUGCCCACCCUCUGCGGCUGCCUGUCCGUGCUGGCCCUGGCCGCUGCUUGCUGGUUCUUCUGGGAAUACGGCAGCCCAGAGGUCGCCUCCCUGGGGCUGACGGGCUUUGGGCCCUGGCGAUGGCCCAGCCUGUGGGGGGAACCCGGAGGAGAGUGCAGCGCUCAGUGCAGGGUGGUGCUGGUGGAGAGCAUCCCAGCCUGCCUGGAAUACGGGCCGGGCAGCGUCCGUCACCCCAGCAUCUUCGGGGCCUGGAUGGAGCUCCUGGCCGGAGCCGCCAGCAGCGUGGAGAUCGCCGCCUUCUACUUCACCCUGCGCGGCGCCGACAUCCACGUGCGGGACCCUUCUUCGCAGCAGGGCCGCGAGGUGUUUGAGGCCCUGCUGGGCCUGCCGGCCCGCGGGGUGGAGCUGGCCAUUGCCGUCAACAGCCCCCAGAUGUCGGAGGAUGACACGAGCGAGUUGGCCGCUCAAGGUGCCGAUGUGCGCCUGGUGGACAUGAAGCGGCUGACCGGGGGGAUCGUGCACACCAAGCUGUGGGUGGUCGACCAGAAGCACGUCUACCUGGGCAGCGCCAACAUGGACUGGCGCUCCCUCACCCAGGUGAAGGAGCUGGGGGCCGUGCUGUACAACUGCAGCUGCCUGGCCCGGGACCUGCGCCGGGUCUUUGCCAUCUACCGCCUGCUGGGCGAGCCGGGGGCCUCCAUCCCCGCCCAGUGGCCGGCCAGCCUGGCGGCCGAGUCCAGCCGGGAGCAGCCCCUCAAGCUGCAGCUGAACGGCACCAGCGCUGAGCUCUACCUCUCCAGCUCCCCGCCGGCCCUGAGCUCCCAAGGCCGCACCGCGGACCUCGCUGCCAUCGUCAGCACCAUUGCGGACGCGCAGGAGUUUGUCUCCGUCUCCGUGAUGGACUACCAGCCCGAGUGUGUCUUCUGCAGACCCCGGCGGUUCUGGCCCGCCAUCGAUGACGCCUUGCGUUCCGCGGCCUGCGAAAGGAGAGUGGCCGUGCGCCUCCUCAUCAGCUGCUGGAGACACUCCCGCCGGGCGGCCUUCGUCUACCUGGAGUCUCUCGCCGUCCUCAGGCGCCAGCCGCUGAGCUGCCCCAUUGAGGUGAAACUCUUUGCCUUUCCUGAAGAUGGGCCUGAAGCCCUGAUCCCCUACACCCACGUCAACCACAACAAGUACAUGGUGACUGACCGCGUGGCCUACAUUGGGACCUCCAACUGGUCGGAAGAUUACUUCACCCGCACCACCGGCGUGGGGCUGGUCAUCAACCAGACGGAGGCGGCCGGAGGAGGAGCCCAGGGAAGCAGCCUGCGCCGGCAGCUGGAGGGGGUCUUCCGCCGGGACUGGGACUCGCCCUACGCUCUGCCGCUCCACGACCACUGGAAGUGUGCCACGGAGAACGGAGGCCGGCCUGCUGCGGGGCCUGGGGCCCAGCAGUCGGGCUCGGAGCCCUGAGGCUGGCAGCCACCCUUUGUGGCUUGCAGGGUGUGUGUGUGUGUGUGUCCCCCUGCCUUGCCUUGCCUUGCCUUCCUGCCUUGGGUGGGCGGGUCUCCCCGGAGGAGGCUGUCCCCCGCUGGAGGCCGGACACUGGGCUCUGGCCCCGCAGGGCUCUCCUUCCGUCCUUCGGCCCCAACAACUCUGCCCCGCCAGGCCUCGUUGGCAGAGUGGCCCGGGAGGGCCGGCUGUGGCCACCACGGCUUUUGGGCCGCUGGGGAGGGGUGGGCUGGGCUGGGCUGAAGCUCUAGGCAGGACAUGAGGACCGCGGGUGGGUGCGGCAGGGCAGGGAGCGAAGCCCGUGAGGCAAGGAGGCUCCUUCCGCCGGCCGGGGAGAAGGACCCUCGCGGACUUGGGCAAGCUGUGGCCGGCUGGGAAGGGAAUCUGCCCGCCCCUGAUUCCUUGCCCUGUGCCGCCCGGCCUGCCUGCCUGGGGGGGCUGCCUCAACAGGGCGAGGGGCCGCUCGGAAUGGGGGAGCAGCGGCAGGGACCACAGCCAGGGGAGCCUCUCGCUGAGGCUGCCCCCUUCUGCCCCCGGAAGAAGCUGCUGGGCUCCUCCGUGGGUCCUGGCCAGUCUCCAGAACGGCCCGCCCCUGACAGCGAGGUGGGGCCGGGAUGCCUGGCCCUCCCUGGAGGAGCUGGAGAAAAAUGGGGCGGGGGGGGAAGGGGCCUGCUGCACACAGUCCUUGCCAUCGAGGUUUGGAGCCCGGGCCAAGGCGGGGGUCUCAGGCUCCCCUCGGGACACCAACCCUCAUCCCAGCGGCCGUGUGCAGCAGCAGCAGCCCCCCCCACCCGUCUUUUCCUGCUCCUCAGCGCCCCACCUUGGGGCUGGGCGAUGGCUUAGCGGCAGGGGGUAGGCAGCCUCCCGGAAGGGAUUUCGGGGCAGGCACGGGUGUGUGUGUGUGUGCUGGGGCUUGGCAGAGCUGGGGCAGCUGUGGGGGGGGGGGGUGGGGGGCUAUUGAGCAGGGCAGCUACGCAGAGGGAGGCCGGGCUGGGGGUCCUCCCAGGCGCCAGGGAGCAGGAUCCGUCGGGUGGGGGGAGGCCUCUCCCUCUGGACCGUCCAGCAUUGCUCCACUCAGGGAACGCGCUUGGGGCCAGCAGGCAUCGGGGCCGUCCUCUGGCCGCACUUCUGGAAGCAGCAGAAUCCGCCCUCUUUGGGGGUGCGGGAAGCUUGGAGGGGGGAGGGGGGGCGCUGGC